AUGUCUGCAGAGUUGGAGCUGCCCUUCCGGCCGGACAGCCAGCUGACGGAGGUGAUGCGCCUGCGGGUUCAGUCUCUGCAGCAGCGAGGCCAGAAGAGGCAGGACGGCGAACGCCUGCUGCUGCCCAACGAGGCCGUGUACCGACUGGACUUCCCCAAACAGUCCCUCCGUUUCUCGCACUGGACGGUGCAGCUGGGCCAGGCAGGGCGCCUCACCAUCACGGCCACCUCACAGCUCUGGACGCCCGACCUCACCAACCUGAUGACACGUCAGCUGCUGGAGCCCGCCGGGACUUUCUGGAGGGCGCCGGGCGAUGCCAGCGACGCACCCGUCCAGUGCUACGAGGCUGACGCGCACGAGUUUGGCGAGAGGAUUGCAGAGCUGGCUAAGGUAAGGAAGGUGAUGUACUUCCUGUUUGCAUUUGCAGAAGGUUGCAGCCCUGAAACUGUGGACAGCUCCAUCACCUUCACAGUGGACAGCUGA